AAGUGCAGCAUUAUGUCUCCUGGGCACCUAAUCUCCUCCCACUGGGCACCUAAUCUUCUCCUACUGGGCACCUAAUCUCUUCCCACUGGGCGCCUCAUCUCCUCCCACUGCUGUUUUGCAAUAAAAAGAACAGAGGGUUGUGUCAGGAGAACUUUUUAACGUAUGUUGAAGUUGCAGCCACUGAGGUUUUUCAGUUCUGAAGCCUUACUAUUUAAGACAGGAUUUGUUUAAUAUCUUCAGGUAUUCCUACUGCAAGUGCUCUUCCGUAGGAUCACAGGCUGAGUGAUACCACUCCCUCACUGCUACAUGAUACUGCUGCAUGAACAGCACUAUUCCUUCUCUCAUUCCUUAAAUUGGAGCACCAGCAAGAAGACACCAGGAGUAGACACACUGCUCUUAGGCAGUUGCUGCCAGAGAACAAGAUGGAUGGAUGUGAUCAUUGAGACCUGAUACUUCCUUGACUGCCAUGGAGAAAGAAGUCUGGGAAUAUACUCACCGCAAGAAAAAAGUGCUGAAGCCUCCAAGAGAUGGAAAAAAUCAAUAUAAAUGGGGCUCCAGCCCCCGUGGGAUGGGAAGGAAAUGUCGUCAUGUACAAAAGCUCCUGGCUCCGCUGUGUGUGGUGCUGAUUGUCCUUGUCCUCGUUCUGCUGGUGGCCUUGGUUGCUGUGCAGCUGCAGUCUUGCUCAUCAUAUCCCCAGUUCUCCCACAUGUGCCCAGACACGUGGAUCGGCUUCCAAAGCAAGUGCUACUAUUUCUCAGAAAAUAGAAAUGACUGGAACACCAGCUUGGAGAACUGCAAGGCCUUGGAAGCCUCCCUGACCUCCAUAGACAGCCUGGAGGAACUGGCUUUCAUCAAGCACUACACUGGCCAAAGAAACCACUGGUUGGGGCUGCACGAGGAAGGCGAUGGCCAGUGGAGGUGGACCAACAGGACAGCCUUCAACAGUUGGUUUGAGGUGUGGGGAGGUGGCCCUUGUGCGUACCUAAACCAGGAGAGGAUCAGCUCAGCCUUCUGCCACACGGAGAAAUACUGGAUCUGCAGCAGGCCCAACAACUACGUCCUCUGGAGGCAAAAGAUUUCCCCUGAGUAAAAGAUCCUAUAAACAUACAGCUCAUGACAGUGCCACAAAAAUUUGUAAACACUUACGUAGGUCUGCAUCUUUGCCACAACAGUAUUGCUGAGUUUCCUUUCUGCUCAGAUUCGUGCAGGCUCUGUCAAUCUUUUGUACUGAAGUGAGCAACAUUCCUGUUUCUCUCUCUGCUUCUACAGCAGAAAAUAGUGUUUUAUUUUUUUCUACAUUUGCAAAUGGCAUGUUUGUAAUAAUGACUUUGAAAACUGUAAAUCUGGUGUGCUAUGGAAUUAUGCUAUUGUACUUCACACUACCUAUUGGAAGGAGGACAAGGAAUGAUUGGAACAGAUGGACUUAUGCUAUUAUGCUGUUAUACUUCACUGUACAUAUUAGAAGGAGGAGAAGGAACAAUUGGAACAGAUAAUGUCUGGAUGUAUCUGGAUGGAUUUUUUAAUAAAAAAUAAAAAUUGGAAGCUAAUUGAAACAGAGCCUA